GUGCAGGGUCCCCGCAGCGGCGGGGCCCGCCCGUGCCGGCGCCCCCGCCCACAGGGCCGCGCUGUGCUGAAAUGGGUGAGGGGGGUGCCCCAGAUUGUUGGCGUAUUGGGGAGAAAUGCCUUGCCCCUUGCCUUGAAAAUGGAAAACUUCAGGAAGGAGUAAUAACUUCACUUGAAAAGGACAAGAAUGGAAAAUCAUUUGCUGUUGUAUUAUUCUUGGAGUCUGAAGAAAGGAAAAUAUUAGUAACUAAACUUUGCAGAGUCAAAGACAGUAGAGGACCCUGGAAAAGCUCGAUAUUUGAUGAUGGUGAUCUGGAAAAGCCAUAUUUUCCUGACCAAAAUCUUCCAUCUCCUGCAGUUCCUUUUAAAUUAUCGGACAACGGCGAUUUUAUCCCAUACACGAUUAACAGAUACCUGCGUGAUUAUCAGAGGGAAGGAGCCCAGUUUCUGUAUAGACACUAUGCUGAUAAAAGGGGGUGUAUUCUUGGAGAUGAUAUGGGCCUCGGAAAAACAAUACAGGUCAUCUCAUUUUUGGCUGCGGUGUUGCACAAAAAGGGAACACGUGAGGAUAUUGAAAAUAAUAUGCCAGAAUUUUUACUGAGGACAAUGAAAAAGGGCUCUAAUUGUAAUCCCAAGAAGACUUUCCUCAUAGUGGCCCCUCUUUCAGUACUGUACAACUGGAAGGAUGAGUUAGACACAUGGGGAUACUUUAAGGUCUCUGUCUUACAUGGCAGUAAAAAAGAUGAUGACAUGAGUCGCAUCAAGCAAGGGAAAUACGAAGUUGCUCUUACAACAUACGAGACACUUCGCCUGUAUUUGGAUGAAUUUAACAGCGUAGAAUGGUCUGCUGUGAUAGUGGAUGAAGCACACAGAAUCAAGAAUCCAAAGGCUCAGAUAACUCAAACCAUGAAGUCAUUAAGAUGUAGUGUUCGCAUAGGUCUUACUGGAACCAUUCUGCAAAACAAUAUGAAGGAACUUUGGUGUGUUAUGGACUGGGCUGUACCAGGACUUUUAGGUACCAGAGCAGAUUUCAAGAAGAAAUUCUCUGACCCAGUGGAGCACGGCCAGAGGCACACUGCAACUAAAAGGGAGCUAGCAACAGGCCGUAAAGCCAUGGUGAAGCUAGCAAGAAAAAUGUCUGGCUGGUUCCUGAGGCGCACCAAAGCCCUCAUCAGCGACCAGCUGCCCAAAAAGGAAGACAGAAUGGUGUAUUGUUCCCUGACUGAAUUCCAGAAAGCUGUGUACCAGGCUGUGCUAGACACAGAUGAUGUAACCUUGGUGUUACGAGCAGGAGAGCCCUGUAGCUGCAACAGUGGACGCAAAAGGAAGAACUGUUGUUACAAGGUAAAUGCACAUGGUGAAACAAUUAAGUCUCUGCGCUUCAGUUACCUAACGAUCCUGCAGAAGGUUGCUAAUCACGCUGCACUGCUGCAGACAGACAACACGAGCAAGCAACAGGAAGCACAUAUCAAACGAGUCUGCAGCCAGGUAUUUUCCAGUUUUCCAGAUUUUGUGCAGUUAAGCAAAGAUGCAGCCUUUGAAACCAUUUCGGAUCCAAAAUACAGUGGAAAAAUGAAGGUCCUGCAGCAGCUUUUACACCACUUCCGAAAAAAUAAGGAUAAAGUUCUUCUUUUCUCCUUUUCCACGAAGUUGCUAGAUGUGCUGGAACAGUACUGCAUGGCGUCUGGGCUGGAUUACCGAAGACUCGAUGGAAAUACAAAAUCAGAAGAUAGGAUGAGAAUUGUAAGAGAGUUCAACAGCAUUCAAGAAAUUAACAUAUGUCUUGUAUCUACAAUGGCUGGUGGACUGGGUCUUAAUUUUGUUGGUGCCAAUGUUGUUAUACUGUUUGAUCCUACAUGGAAUCCAGCAAAUGAUCUUCAAGCAAUUGACAGAGCUUAUAGGAUUGGCCAGUACAGACCUGUUAAAGUGUUUAGAUUGAUAUCCUUGGGAACUGUGGAAGAGAUGAUGUACUUGCGACAAGUUUAUAAACAGCAACUUCAGUGUGCGGUGGUUGGAAGCGAAAAUGCCAAGAGGUAUUUCGAGGCAGUGCAAGGAUCGAAGGAACAUCAGGGAGAGCUGUUUGGGAUCCACAACCUUUUCAAACUUAGGAUUCAUGGGUCCUGCCUUACCAAGGAAAUCCUGGAGAGGGAAGGGCAGGUGGAAGCAGGGGUCAUGACAGCCACGACGUGGCUGAAGGAGGAGAGCGCUCCAUGCAGCUCGGAGAAGUUUGAACAAGCAGACUGUAAAGAAGAUGGAGAUCCCCACAGCACUCAUGCACAAUUAAACAGAGAAGAAACAGAUUUUUGGGGUGACUUCAGUGAUGAUGAUAUUCUGGAAACUUCUGUGAAAAAAUGUGACAGAAGGAAGCCUUGCAAUGCAAAUAAUUUAAUGGUAGCAAAGGGUCAGCUUUCUUUAAUGCAGUGUGGAUUCUCUAAGCUGCUGCAGAGAGAAAUUGAAACUACCAGAGAAGGGGGUGAUAACUAUAACUCCCAUCAGUUGCCUCCUGAUGAUCAGACUGUAAGAAAAAGCGUAAAUAGCAAGCACAGCGAUUUUCAGAAAGCUGUUCUGUCAGCAGAUGGAACUGAUAAACAAGGUAGGCAUGGCAUAGACUGGCUUGACUCAUCAGGCUCUGAGGAGGAAGGGGACACAGAAAAUGAGGAUCAAGGCAUUUCAAAGCAGCCUGAUAUAGUAAUGGAAACUGAAAGUAGUUCUGAAGAGGGGGAUGAUGUCAUCCUUCCUACUCAAGUUCAAGCAUGCCAGCAACCCGUGCUUACUAAAAAAGUUGAAAUACACAGGUCAACGUCUGAGAAUUGUAAAGAGUUAGCAAAAGAAAAGGAUGGGUCUGUAUUUAAGGGAGACAGCAGGCAGUUUGGAUUCCACAGGGUUGAGCCAUCUUUUGAAGACAUCACAGAUGACACAGAUGACACAGAUUUGAAAGGAGCAAGUGACAUAAGUGAUGAGUCUGAUGAUAUUGAACUUCCCCAUAAUUCUAAAUCAAGAAAGCUAGGAUCUUUCAGCUUUCCAAAAUGCAAGGAAAGAUGUGCCCUUAGCGAUGAACGAGGUAAUGUCUCCAAAUCUCUGCUACAAGCAAAGAAGCCCAGUCGAAAAGAAAAGGAAAGUGAUUCACAGAAUAUAGAUGAAUUUUCAUCCUCUGAAGAUAACUCUCCAGUUGAGAAAACUGAGGCCCAAAAGCAAAAGUGUAAGAGUAAAAGACAGAGAGGCAGAGUUCAGUUUGGGUCUAAAACGCUGCGUCCUGUUCAAGAUACCUCUGGCAGUUAUGCUGUGCACAGAACUUCUGCAAGAAAAACUGAAUUUGAGCAUCAAGAGGAAAAAAUGGAGUCAAUGGACAGAUAUUUAGAUGGUGUUCAGGAAGUGGCAUAUAUUCAUUCAAAUCAGAACGUGGUUGGAUCCAGCAAGGCUGAAAAUCGCUUGAGCCGGUGGGCAGUGCGGGACGUGUUCGAGCUGAGGCAGUUUUCCCAGCUUCCUGCUAAUGUUGCUGUCUGUAGUGCCAAGCUCGAGGUUACUUGCCAGUGUACAGUUGAGAACAGAUGUGAGAUCCUAAAGCUCAGAAACAUUGUGAACAGCCCAUGGAAAUAAGGCAAAUGGACAUGGAUCAAAUAGAAACACACUGAGAAGAAACACUGUAAAUCUGAAACCAAAUUUUGAACUGCAGAUGACAAG